AUGUCAAAUCAAGUUUUUAUCACUUCACCAAAAUUGCUCCCGCUACAAAAGUCAUUAGCAGUGUUGGUAAGUGAAAAAUAUUCUCCAGAACAAAUUGAUUCGCGUUCUGAACCAAAUACUCCUAUUGGUCAACCAACACAACCUUCAAAUGAUAAUAAAUCAUCAAAAAUUAAAAUAAAUUCUUCUAUACGUAUAAAUCCACCACAGCCUAUAAUUGAUAGUUCACUCGAUUGGGAUGAUGAUGAUCAAUGUUUUGGUCAUCGUUCAACAUUUAUUCGACGUCAACGUCAAAAAUAUAAAGAAUCAUUUUCUCGUAUUCGAGUAGAUACAUUACAACACGGAGCCAUUUCUUCUAUUGUUUCAGCACCCAUUGUUGAAUUAUCUGCUCCAUUAAUAGGAUCAAAUACAACUGAUCAUUCAAUAGCCUUAAAACGUGAAGAAAGCACAGAUUCAGAUGUCAUUCAAGGUCAAACUUUACUUCAUCUAGCUGCUAAACUUGGACAUGAAGAAAUAAUGCGUAUGCUAAUAAGCGAAACAUCCCAUGCUAAUAUGUUAUUAAAUAUAAGAGGACAAACACCAUUACUUUGUGCAAUUGAAUAUGGUUCAACAUCAACAGCAAUACUAUUGAUGGAACAUGAUCCAUUGUCUUUAUUAUGUAAAGAUAAUAUUGGUUCAAGUGUAUUUCAUUAUGCAGCUGAACAAAGUAAUUAUAUUGUUUUAUGUCGAACUUUAUCAUUACUCAAACGACUUAGUUCAAGUGCAGCUCGAUUGAUUGCAUUACAACGACUUAUUGAAAAAAAUUCUAAUGGUAAAACACCAUUUGUAAUUGCAAUUGAAAAAGGUUCAUUAAAAUGUAUCAAAUAUAUAUUAAGUAGUAAAUGGUUACAUCGAAAUGUUGAUAUAGGAGAUUUUAUAAAUGCUGAUUCACUAAAAGCAACUAUUGAUGAGCAUCAAUUGGAUAUUGCAGCAUUUUUUGUAUCAGAUACACGACGUAUUGCAGCUAUUAUUCAAAUAAGAAUUUAUGCUAAUGGUCGAGUUUAUAAUGUACUUGAAUAUUCAAUAGCAUUAAAAAAACCUGAUUUUGUUCGAAUAUUUAUUAGUGUUCGUAUUCCUACUGAAGAACAUGAACUCUAUCGAUCGUAUAAAUAUUUUUUAAGGCAUUAUAAUGUUCCUUAUUCGGGUUCAACUUAUGAUCAAACACCUAUACAACGAAUGUUGACUAUGGUAAGGAAAGAAGUAAAAAGAAUUAUGAACUUUUCUUUUCAUCACAUGGGAAGUUUAAGUAUUUUUUUCUACGAUCGACAGAUUCAUUGGCUUUUAAAGAUUAACAGUUUAGAUAAUAUUAUUCAAUUUAAUCAACUGGCAAACUUUCGAAAAUUGGAAGUAACAUGA